AUGCGCCCUCCAGACCAGAGUAACAACUAUCAUGAUUAUCCAAAUCAAAGAAAACUCCCCAACGGAUCUACAGAUGUCAAAGGAAAUGGCUCACUGAAUGAUGUCGUCCAGAGAAUGGGAAAUCGCGGCUGGUCCGCCUUGAAGCAUGAGCAUUUACCUCUCUUGACAACAAUCUCUACGGACCGACUUCCUUUGGUAGGAGAUUCAGCAGUCUCAACCCCCAGUGCGAUACAACUCUCAACCUCCGGUCUACCAUUCACAGAAAAAUACGGUCGUUGCCAGCAAAUAGUCCAUUACGGGGCAAACAGCACAACCCGCCUCCACGAGUCAAGGGGCCAACAGCUCCUCGCAAUCAAAGUAUACCGACGCAACAUCUUGAAAAAGUCAUCCCCAUCUACCUCCCCAUCUCAUUUGACCACCCGUCUCUCCCCAGCUAGCGCGACCAUUCAUCCUCAACAUCCCAAUAUCCUCGAAGUCCUCGACCUCCUCCACAAUGAACGCUCCGAACUGUGCCUUGUUAUGCCAUACUGCGCCGGUGGGGAUCUACAUACCCUGAUAUCUCGAAAUGGAUUACUUCCAGCGCAUGAAGCUGACUGCAUCAUAAAACAAAUCCUGCGUGCCCUCUGCUUCCUCCACGAGCACGAAACAGCACACCGUGAUAUCCGCCUAGAAACCGUUCUUCUGACAUCAAGUGGAGGAGUCAAGCUGGCUGGCUUUGGUGAUGGACACGUUCGGCGAAUGUGGGAAGAGUGUGCAACUCCAGCAGAAUAUGAGGAAGAAAUACCACCUCCACCACAACAGCAACAUCAUCAUGCGAUUUGGUCCUUCUCCUUGCCGUGGCCGCUAUCUUCACUUACCCGCCAGAAUCCAUUUGCCUCUUCAAUCCGCAAUACUGCUCAAUCUAUGACCGUAAACCCAUCAACUGCCUCCUUCGCCGGUAUGAGCCUCCCAUAUACCCCACCAGAGGCAUUUGAGCAUCAUUCUCAUUCCUACUCCCACAAUGACAAUGAGGAGGAAACUGACCCCCGUCCGGCGGAUGUUUGGGCUACUGCCAUCGUCUACAUGACUCUCAUAACCGGACGAUUGCUUUGGCGCAGUGCUCGACCACAUCGCGAAGAUGGGCGGUACUUGGAGUACUUGCGUAGCCGUCGUGGAGAGGAUGGGUAUGCGCCAAUUGAGUCGCUUGGACAGGUACGUAUCACCCAGUGGACGUUCCUCUAG